AUGUCUCAAGUAUACUUGCAUUCAUCUAAUCAGACUUUGUGUGCAUCUACAAAUGGUACAGAACUGAAAUUAAUCAUUGAUAAUGAAACCACAAAUGAAAAAUGGACUGAAGACUCCUUUCCAGGAUUAGAAAUACUGUGCACAAUUUACGUUACAUAUGCUGUGAUCAUUUCAGUGGGUCUCCUUGGAAAUGCUAUACUCAUCAAAGUCUUUUUCAAGAUUAAAUCAAUGCAGACGGUUCCAAACAUCUUCAUCACCAGCCUGGCAUUUGGAGACCUACUGCUUUUAUUAACUUGUGUGCCUGUAGAUGCGACACGUUACAUUGUGGAUACCUGGAUCUUCGGAAGAAUUGGGUGCAAGCUGCUGUCUUUCAUCCAGUUAACCUCAGUUGGAGUAUCAGUGUUCACACUGACUGUUCUCAGUGCUGACAGGUACAGAGCCAUUGUUAAGCCCUUGGAACUGCAGACCUCAGAUGCGCUCCUGAAGACCUGCUGUAAAGCCGGCUCUGUCUGGAUUGUCUCCAUGAUAUUUGCUAUUCCAGAGGCCGUUUUUUCAGAUCUGUAUUCUUUCAGCAAUCCUGAGAAAAAUGUAACUUUUGAGGCAUGUGCCCCCUAUCCUGUAUCUGAGAAGAUACUGCAGGAAGCUCACUCCCUGGUUUGCUUCUUAGUGUUCUACAUUGUGCCAUUAGCUGUCAUUUCUGUCUAUUAUUUUCUCAUUGCCAGAACUUUAUAUAAAAGUACAUUCAACAUGCCAGCAGAAGAACAUGGUCACGCCCGUAAGCAGAUUGAAUCCCGCAAGAGAGUUGCAAAAACAGUGCUGGUGCUUGUUGCUUUGUUUGCCUUUUGCUGGUUGCCUAACCACAUCCUCUACCUAUACCGCUCCUUUACAUACCAUUCUUCUGUAGAUGCUUCCACAUUUCAUCUGAUAGCUACUAUUUUUUCCCGUGCAUUGGCCUUCAGCAAUUCUUGUGUCAACCCUUUUGCUCUUUAUUGGCUGAGUAAAAGUUUCCGGCAACAUUUUAAAAAGCAAGUCUCAUGCUGCAAGGCAAAACUUCGUACAAAGCCUCCCAGUGCUACCCAAAGCAAUUCACCUACCAGAGCCCUGUCAAUCACAGGCAGCACACAUGGCUCAGAAAUCAGUGUUACACUGCUAACAGAUUACAGUAUCACAAAAGAAGAGGAAAGUGUUUAG